UCGAGGCGAGAGCACGCGGCCCAAAAGACGUGCGCAUGUCAAGUUGCGAGCUGCGUUUGAUUUUCGAUUCGAGCCACAUGGCGUAUACGCGAUACGGUCUGUGCCACAACCACUGCCACUGCCUGCAUUGAGUACUGAGUCAAUAAUGGUCGGUGGUCAGUGCUGCGGCUUUAGUGCGUGCUGAGCUGAGCAGCGGAUAAUGUGUCAAUAAUUGAACUGGGCAAUCGGCAUUGCUCGAUCAGUAUGUGAAUAGCCGACACUCAACUGGAAAGUAACUUCGAUAUGGUCAGCGCACCAGGUGAUGUGAUUGGAAACAAGCGAAGCUAAGUGCCAUAUUCCCAUAGCCAUUGCCAAUUUGCGAGCUGAGCGGCUGUCUCGAUGGCUUGCCGCAGCUCCGAGAACAAAUAGCGGAUAUCUGUGACCCGAGAGCCAUGUUCGAUUGAAUGCGGCAGCAGCAGCAGCAUCAGCAUCAACCUGCAACACUGCAGCAGCAACAGCGGCAUCAGCAGCAACAGCAGCAACAACAGCAAGAAGCGCAACAGCAACGAGCAACAUGUUGACCACUCACCAUCUGCACCACCUGCACCACCAUCGCGGCAGUACGGCCGUGGAGCUGGACAAGAUCACCAACCUGAAUACGCUCAUCGUGGAGAUCAACAGCCAUGUGGCGCUGUUCCGGGAUAUGCUGAUACACGUCGGCCAGGCCAAGGAUUGCCCCGAGCUCCGGGAGAAGAUCCGCAAGCUGCGUCGCACCUGCGUGGAGGCACUCAAGCACACCGCCCAGAUCCUGAUGCCCCAAGUCAAGAGCGCCAUGGCCGAAGGCAUCCUCACCGACAACCCGCAUUUGGUGCUCCUGUUCUACAUGGCCCAGUUGUUCCUACGUGAACUUGUGAAAAGCUAUCGCCUCAUACAAGUCGUGCCAAUGGAUAUGUCCGGCUAUUAUGAGAACCGAGCCGGGCCCUCGAACCUGGGCAAUGUCAUCAGCCAGAUAUUGUUGUGCAAACAGUUCACGCCCGACUUCAACGAGGAGGAAUUAUGCAGCAUCACCAAGGAUUCGCAGGACAUCGCCGUGCUCCUGGCCGAGAUGCAGGAGUACAUGCCGCAGCACGAGGCGUACUUGGAACGCAACGCGGCGCUGGACACAACUGGACCUUGGCAGGCCAAGCGGCGCCAGAACUACAUCUGCAAGAACAUGAGCCUGCUCUGCUGCGUCUCCAGGCCGAACUAUCUCUGAGAGCAGGCGGAUGGUGUGUAGUCCGAUGCGGACUAGGAGGAGCCAGGAUGCGAGCCAGUCGACGCACUCAACCACUACUUAUAUCAAUUACUAGCGCCUAAGCUGAGCCUGCAUACCCGUAGAGGAAAUUCUAGAUCUUAAGCCGAGGAGCGGAACACUCAAUUAGCAUUGUAAAUUAAUCAAAGGUCGACGGAGACAUGUGUAUAAUCAAAGUUAAUUAUGCUGCAUAAACAAUAUUAAUUUAAAACGUAAAACCAAUCACACAAUAUGAAUAUGGUGUGCAGACCAUAAAGACACCCCCAUACACAAUGGAGCGCAGACAGUUAAGACUUUUUAGGCCAUUAAAAUGUAGUCAAUGUAUAGACCCGAGCAAAACUACACACACAUACCUUAUCCGGAAAUGGAAUUGGGUUGGUGUAACCCUGGAGUUAACACUAAGAUUAGACAGAGGCUGGGCCGAGGAUUUGAAGGGUGAUGGGAGCAAAUGGCAUAGUAGAGCUAGUUGAUAACGAUAACGAUAACGAUGUAGCCUUCGUAAUUAAGUUAAAAGCCUGGCCAGGCAAGUGCUAAACAGAAGCAAUAACAAACGUGUUACUCAAACAGAAAUCUAUGUAUGUACGUAUAUUUAACCAAUUAGAAAUGUAAUUGAAAUGUCUCUAGGUUUCCGUUUGUUCAUUUCACGGUUUUCACAGAGAACUCUGCACAGUACCUAAAAACACAGCAACGUGUGACCAAUGAAAGCACAAUUGAACCAGAUCAAUCUGUUUAAAAAACAAGGUUCAAUAACAAAUCAAUAUUCCAUUCUCCAAUGAUAAUAAUGAAUUCUGUGAAUGUGUUUGAGCCAACAAAGAAUUUCACUCAGCCAACCAACAAAUAUAUACGUUUCAGCAUAAAGGAUUAAUUUCUAAUAAUUGUUAGAACCAAACACAAUCAGAGUUUAAAGUAAAAGGUAUUUUAUUCUUUAUCCAGAACGAAAUAGAUGAGACCAAAAAUGUAGAAAUUAAAUUAUUUAAGAAUGCACUACUACUUCCUGCCAUUUAUAGCCUUUGUGUGCCAACAGCGAUUGUUGGCAAAUAAAUUUUUAUUCACGGCCAAAAUGAAUAAUUACGAGCUCAUUGUGCUUUUGUUUCCAUCGAAAUCGCAUUAAAAUUGCACAGUUCUCAAUUUUACAAAUUGAAUAUGCUUUUAAGCAGCCGCAGCCCAGCAUAUGGAAAAUUUAUAGGUCGGUUGUUUUAAAGGGCAAAAACAACUUUUCAAUGGACUGCAUUUUUCAUUGGGAGUGCACAUACCUUUGGCCAUUUAUUAUUACUACGUGCCGCAUAUUUAAUGGCAAUUAAUUGAACAUUAUUUGUGGAGCAAUUUAAAUGGCAGGGAGUGAGCAGAAUUUGUUGAACAAUGUAAAUCAAUUUGUUUUGCCAACAAGUAAGUGCUGAUCAACUAUGCGUGGGCACUCAAAUCAAUUGUUGAAUCGCUGAAAUGACAAUGAAAAUGUAUAAACUCUGUUCGAACUUCGAAGGCGCGAAACACAAUGGUUCAAGUAGCUGGCAAAUAUUUGUACAUACUUGGAACCCAAUAGAAUUAAUACGUAAUUGAACGGAAUAUAUUACAGAUAAAUCUCUCAUUGCUAACGAAUUAUUUACUAAUUUUAUUUACUUAUUCGAUUCUAGGCAUAAAUCAAACACCAAACAAAUUUACACGUCUUUGGCGAUGAUAGUUCUUAAAUAGAAUGUUUAUAGUAUUGAUAAUUAUUUACCUGUAUAUGAAUGUAUAUUGCUUAGAACGUUUAAAUAGGUAUUCCACCAAGAAGCCGUGAUUGUUAUAUGAUAUUCAUAUAAGAAUUAUCUGAAUGUAUUUACUAAAUGUUUGUUCAUGUUGUUCGAAACCAAAUGCCACUGAGAAGUAACUCAAAAACUCACACACACUAGCAACAAGAAACUAAUACCGAAAACCGAAACUAAUUACCAAACUGGGUACCAAUCAAAUAUGAAUAAAGCUAUUUUUAGAGAAACUAA